AUGAAGCUUGCGGAUUGUGGUUUGGGCUUUGGAAGUGCACCUAAUGGAGGGAAAGGAGGUGAGUUGUAUACAGUCAGCAGGACUGAUGACAAUGCUGUAAAUCCCUCACCUGGGACUCUCAGAUACGGAGUUACUCGUGAUGGUCCUCUAUGGAUAACUUUUUGGCAGAGAAAUGGGCCUUGCAUUAUCCUGUUGAAUGGGAACAACGUUAUCAUUCACGGAUUAAACAUCCAUAAUUGUCAGCCAUCUAAAUCGGGUAUGAUUUUUCUCGCUGAGGGUACGCAGGCCGAGGAAAUCGAAACACAAGAUGGAGAUGAUAUUUCAGUUAGCUAUUUCCCAGACGUUUGGAUCGAUCAUAACACAUUAUUCAAUUGCUCGGAUAGACUAGUUCAUGUCACGCUUCCUUCCACUGCAGAUACCAUUUCUAACAACCGUUUCUCUUACCAUGACAUGGUGAUGCUCUUGGGACACAGUGAUGAUUAUAGAGCUGAUAAAGCCAUGAAGGUGACAGUGGCGUUCAACCACUUUGGGCCUGGCCUCAUUGAACGUAUGCCAAGAUUGACCUUGUUUAACCUAAUCACGUUGUUGGAAAUUGGCAUGAAGCAGGUGCAGACAUGGGCAAUCGAGGCUAUCAUCGACUAUCGAAGGUUCAGGAUUGGAGUUACGCUUAUACCCGAUGAAGUUGCCUUAGGCAAUCAGGUUGUCAUCGGCUAUCGGGAGGACUGCAAGGAAGCUAUGUCAAAGUCCGAUGGAUCCUCCUUGGGUCAUCUGAGUGCUAUCGGCUAUUGGAGUAGUCUGUGA